GCUGUCAUGUUUCGUGGUCGGUUGCUUAGAUACAGGAGAUCAACAGCCCUUCGCCUCUGAAACACAGCGGAGAAGUGACUGACGUUCAGAAAUUUCCAUGCAGUUUAAAGCUCAUUUCUGACUCGACUGAAGCAAUGGAGCAGCCGUCCAAAUUCAGCAAGGGGAAAUUUCCAAAGACUACUUUUUUACCCCAGUUGCCGGAGGUGAGCUCCAAGCCACAUUGGACAAAUACUCCACCUUCAUUCCUUCUCAGAGACAAGACUGAAGAUGAACAAAACGAUACAUACAAUCCUUACGUCCUGAGGCCCAGAAUGCUUCUCAUCCCCAAACAAAGAAGAAAUAAGCUUCUGGAUAGUGGCUUUCCUCAAUAUAAAUCACCAAGAACUGAUCAUUUAUCUGUUGGACCUUCAAAGAUCCAGCCAAAAAAGGACCAAGAACAUUUCAGAAGUGCCCUUGUUGACAUCAUCAUGCAAAGAGAUGCAGCUACUGUCCAAUCCUUUCAGCUUGAUCAUAGUCAUCCAACAACAGCACAAUCUGCUCUAGAUAAAGAUAUAUUGCGAUACAGUUAUUACAUAAGCCAUGGAAUUGAUACAGAACAUGUGGCACCAAUGGAAGAAUCGUGGCUGGAAAAUGUUUUGGAGCUGGUUCCUGAUCAUUUAAAAGUUUAUAAGGAGAAAAUUGAUUUGCUAUCAGAUGAAAUGAAAGAAGAUUACCUUCUGAGUGUGAAGAAAGCAAUUGUCGAUUUUGUGUUAAAAGAUCCAAGGGGAAAAGAUGAAAAUAAGGAAACAGAUCUCCCUGCACAUCGUUUGGAGUUGGAAAUUGUGCCAAAGCCAUGGAAGAAAUCGUUUUGGGCAAAUUUCAAGUUGAUAAAGGAGAACCUAAAUACCAUAAACCCAACAAUGGCUGCUGUCUUAGACUUGUGGCAUUCAUCGUUUGUGCAAUUACGUCUUAUUGAUACUGAUGAAUUUCACAAUCGCCAGGAGGCAAUGGAACUUACCAUUUUUCAAAAUCUUGUCACAAGACACCUUGAUGCUACUAAAGACAAACUGCUGAAAAAAUGGUUUCCAGAAAUUCAAAAUAUAUAUUACCAAGGAAAUAAGAAGAAACACAUUCCCGCUAACAACAAGAAACUUGAAUCUUUUUUCAAUUGUGCUGCCACUUUAAUGACUGAGCAGCUCCAAAGUCUUGCACUGGUGUCCAUGAAGGAUUACACAGACUUGAUAGUACAGCCACUGGGUUCUGUUCGCGCCUACGAACAUCCUGGCUUUAUAAUGAGGCUGAUACUGGACAAUGUCUCCAUUAAAUUUGAACCAGACUUUAAUGACUAUGAAACUGUCCUGUUGAAUGUUUAUGACUUAAUGAUCAAAGUGGUUAAUCUUGUGCCAAGAGUGGAGACAAAACUUUAUUCAGAAUGGGAUAAUCAAUCUAAAUCAUCUCUAAGGCCCAUCAUCCUAGAGGAAAUUUUAGAUGAACACAAGCAAAAAGUGAAAGAAUAUAUUGUCUCGGAGAGUUUUUUACCAAAGGAGCACUUGAAACUAUAUGAUAAAUAUAAUGUAUUGAUAAGUAAACAAGCUGAUUUGGAUGUGGAUCAGUUCUUGGCUGAAGAGCAUACAUUUGAGGAGAUUAUGAGGGAGGUUAAGAAAUAUGAAACACUCACAGAUGAAAUCCAGUAUACUUCUAGAAAGUUCAUUCGUUUGGGAAUGUUUGAACUGCACUGUGAUGAAUUGAUCAGGGCUUUGGCAAAGCGUUCGGAGGCUAUUUGUGGAAAGCUGGUCGCAAAAAUGUUCAGAGAUCACCAGGAGACCAAUAAGAGGUUGUGUGAUGAAUUUGAGAAAAUAGCAGAAAAGGCUCUAAGUACUCCUCCAAACACAAAGGAGCUCAUGGCACUGAAGGAAUACAUCCAGAAAGUGGAAUCCGAAGAUAUGUUGGCUCUGGAGCAGAAGCUUAUUGGGGCUAAGAAUCGCCUCGCCUUCCUGGUGGAUUAUGUCACAUUUUCUCCUGCAGACAUUCGUUUGAAUAACAGUACUUUCCAGUGGUACAAUCGUAUGGGAAAUAUUUUUGAGGAACACAGGAAAAUUACGAAAGAUAAAACUGAACAGUAUCAAGAAGGACUUAAACUUCGCUGUGAGAGGUUUAUUGAAGAACUGGAGAACUAUGCCAAACAGGUUGUUGAAUUUGAAGCUUAUGGUGACUUUCAGGAGGUUAACCGAUAUCUCAAAAAGGCACAAGCACUGAAUUCUAAACUGGACCUUGCAGUAGAAAAGGUUGAUCAACUUAAUGCAGAAGAAGAAGCAUUUGGUUUGGCAGCUUCCCAAUACCCUCAAAGGAAGAAAGUUCAAGAUUCUCUCAAUCCAUACUUGAGACUGUAUGAGAUUAUAGUUGAGUUCAAUACCAAGUACAAAAGUUGGAUGGAAGGUCCAUAUUCUGACGUAAACCCUGACCUUGUGGAGCAAGAUGUAGGAAACUAUUGGAGAGUGCUGUACAAACUUGAAAGAACAUUUCACGACUUUCCAAACGCCCUUUCACUGACUUCUCAAAUCAAAGCCAAGGUGGAAGAAUUCAGGGGAUGUAUACCUCUUAUACAAAUUGUUUGCAACCCAGGACUGCGUGAUAGGCAUUGGGAGGCAAUGUCUGCCGUUGUUGGCUAUUCUAUUAAACCACAAGAUGACACCAGUGUUCAGAAAUUUGUAGAAAUGAAGCUCCAAUCGUUUCUUGAAAAAUUUGAAAGCAUAAGUGAGUCUGCCAGCAAGGAAUAUUCCCUUGAAAAAGCAAUGGAGAAAAUGAUAUCUGAGUGGGAUAAAAUGGAGUUUACGCUCCUUCCUUACAGAGAAACAGGAACCUACAUACUUUCAUCUGUGGAUGAUAUACAGAUGUUGUUAGAUGACCAUAUUGUCAAGACACAAACCAUGAGGGGAUCUCCUUUUAUUAAGGCUUUUGAAAAGGAAAUAAGAGAAUGGGAGGGAAAGCUGCUGCUACUACAGGAGAUCCUGGAUGAGUGGCUAAAGGUUCAAGCCACUUGGCUGUACUUAGAACCCAUUUUUAGUUCCCCAGAUAUCAUGGCUCAAAUGCCAGAAGAAGGCAGACGCUUCUCUACUGUAGAUAAAACAUGGAGAGACCUCAUGAAGCUAGUGCUUUUGGACAAAAAUGUUCUUGCUGUAGUGAAUAUUGAAAAAAUGCUGGAAAAAUUCAAAAAAUCGAAUGAGUUUCUGGAACUUAUUCUAAAAGGGCUCAAUGACUACUUGGAAAAGAAGCGCUUGUUUUUCCCCAGAUUCUUCUUUUUGUCCAAUGAUGAGCUGCUUGAGAUUCUGUCAGAAACAAAGGAUCCUACAAGAGUUCAACCUCACUUAAAAAAAUGUUUUGAAGGAAUAGCUAAGGUGGAAUUUACAGAUGUCUUGGAUAUCACACACAUGAAUAGUAGUGAAGGUGAGGUGGUGCAGCUCAUAAAUACAAUUUCAACUUCUAAAGCAAGAGGCCAAGUAGAAAAAUGGCUAGUUGAACUUGAAUCUGCAAUGAUUAACUCAAUUCACAAGGUGAUUGGUGAAGCCAUUGAAGCUUACCCCAGAACAACUCGGAUAGAUUGGGUGAGAGAGUGGCCAGGGCAGACUGUCCUCUGCGUGUCUCAGUGCUUCUGGACACAAGAAGUUCAGCUCUCUAUCAGAAAAGGUCAACAGGCACUUGAGCAAUACCUGGAACAGAAUAAUAAACAAAUUGAUGACAUUGUUGCUUUGGUAAGAGGGACGCUGUCAAAGCAGAACCGCGUGACACUCGGCGCACUUGUAGUUUUGGACGUUCAUGCCAGAGACGUAUUGGCAGCUCUCGUCAAUAAACAAGUUAGGGAUGAAAAUGAUUUCGAAUGGUUAAGUCAGCUGCGGUACUAUUGGGAGGAGGGACAUCUUCAAACAAAGAUGAUUAAUGCAGGACUGCAAUAUGGAUAUGAAUAUCUUGGCAAUACCCCUAGACUGGUUAUUACUCCUUUAACAGACAGAUGCUACAGAACUUUAUUUGGUGCGCUUAAUCUCCAUCUUGGUGGAGCUCCUGAGGGACCAGCAGGAACAGGAAAAACUGAAACCACUAAAGAUCUGGCAAAAGCAGUAGCCAAACAAUGCGUUGUUUUCAAUUGUUCUGAUGGAUUGGACUACCUUGCUUUAGGGAAAUUCUUCAAGGGUUUACUUUCUUGUGGAGCCUGGGCUUGCUUUGACGAGUUUAACAGAAUUGAUUUAGAAGUGCUCUCUGUGGUUGCUCAACAAAUUCUUACCAUCCAAAGAGGUAUCAAUUCAGGAUCUAAUUUGUUAAUGUUUGAGGGCACUGAAUUGAAAUUGAACCCUACAUGUGCUGUCUUUAUCACUAUGAAUCCGGGAUAUGCGGGCCGCUCAGAACUCCCUGACAAUCUUAAGGCUCUCUUCAGGACAGUAGCUAUGAUGGUGCCUGACUAUGCAAUGAUAGCAGAGAUUGUUUUGUAUUCCUGUGGCUUUGUCACUGCCCGGCCACUGUCUGUGAAAAUUGUCGCAACAUACCGGCUCUGUUCUGAACAGCUGUCGUCCCAGCAUCACUAUGAUUAUGGCAUGAGAGCCGUAAAAUCAGUGCUGACAGCUGCAGGCAACCUGAAGCUCAAAUAUCCAACAGAAAAUGAAGAAAUUUUGCUGCUCAGAUCCAUCAUUGAUGUAAACCUACCCAAAUUUUUGUCUCAUGAUUUGCCACUGUUUGAGGGAAUAACUUCUGAUUUGUUUCCUGGAGUGAAACUUCCGAAAGCAGACUACAAAGUCUUCAUGGAUGCUAUCAAGGAAAACUGUGAACGUAUGAAUCUGCAGAUGACUAGUUUCUUUGCAGAGAAGAUUUUGCAGAUCUUUGAAAUGAUGAUUGUGCGGCAUGGCUUUAUGAUUGUUGGAGAACCUUUUGGUGGAAAGACCAGUGCAUAUCGAGUUUUGGCUGGUGCUUUGAAUGACAUAAGUGAAAAGGGUCUGUUAGAUGAAAACAAAGUUCAAAUUACAGUUCUUAAUCCCAAAUCUAUAACCAUGGGACAGCUUUAUGGACAGUUUGAUCCUGUUUCACACGAGUGGUCAGAUGGAAUAUUGGCCGUCAGUUUCAGGGCAUUUGCUUCUUCAACUACCCCAGACAGAAAAUGGCUCAUAUUUGAUGGACCAGUGGAUGCUGUUUGGAUUGAAAAUAUGAACACAGUAUUGGAUGAUAACAAAAAGUUGUGUUUGAUGAGUGGAGAGAUUAUCCAAAUGUCUCCUCAAAUGAGUCUCAUCUUUGAACCUAUGGAUCUAGAAGUGGCUUCACCUGCAACUGUAUCCAGGUGCGGUAUGAUUUAUAUGGAGCCCCAUAUGCUUGGAUGGAGACCAGUUAUGGUAUCAUGGAUGAAUCUUUUACCUGCUGGGCUAAGCCAAAUGCAUAAGAAAAUUAUUGAAGGAUUAUUUGACAGAAUGGUUCCGCCUUGUCUUCAGAUGAUUCGGAAAUGUGCCAAGGAAUUGUCUCCAACUUCUGAUACAAAUUUAGUUCGCUCCCUAAUGAAUUUCAUGGACUGCAUGAUAGAUGAAUUUGCUGAUGAAUCUGUAAUUCAGACUAUGAAUGAGCGGGAUAUUUGCUCUUGGCUGGAGGGUAUAUUCUUGUUUUCAUUGAUUUGGUCCAUCGGAGGAAGUUGCAAAGAGGACGAUCGACUCAAGUUUGAUAAACUCCUUAGAGAAAUCAUGGAAGGACCACUCAGUGAAGAAACGAGAAUGCGAUUCAAAAUUCUGCAUCCUGUGGAUCCACCAGAAAAACAAUUCACUGUACCAAUCCCAAAAGAAAACACAGUUUAUGAGUAUAGGUUUGUUAAAGAGGGUGUUGGAAGAUGGGAAUUGUGGACAGAAGGACUGAGUUCAGCACCACCUAUUCCUCGUGAUAUGAUGUUUAAUGAAAUCAUAGUGCCUACUGCAGACACAGUAAGGUACACAGCACUGAUGAGUUUACUAACAACACAUCAAAAGCCUUCGGUUUUUGUUGGGCCAACGGGUACUGGAAAGAGCACUUACAUUAUUGACUUCCUAUUAAAUCAAUUAGACAAAGAUACCUACAAACCUUUGAUAAUCAACUUCUCAGCACAGACUACGGCAGCCCAAACACAGAAUAUCAUCAUGUCUAAGUUGGAUAAGAGGAGAAAGGGACUGUUUGGUCCUCCACUUGGGAAAAAAAUGGUGGUGUUUGUAGAUGAUGUGAACAUGCCUGCACGAGAGGUUUAUGGGGCUCAGCCUCCAGUAGAAUUGCUUCGGCAGUGGUUAGAUCACUGGAAUUGGUAUGACCUCAAGGACUGUUCAAUGAUCAAGCUGGUUGACAUUCAGAUAAUGUGUGCGAUGGGUCCAGCAGGUGGUGGAAGGAACCCAAUUACUCCAAGGUUUCUUCGACAUUUCAACACUGUAACAAUUAAUGAAUUUGAUGACAAUUCCAUGUACACAAUAUUCUCCAGGAUUUUAGAAUGGCAUCUGUCAAUAAGAUAUAAUUUUCCUGGUGAAUAUGCAGCCUUAACACCACAAAUUAUACACAGUACCAUGGCGGUAUACAAAGAAGCAAUGAAGAAUCUACUUCCUACGCCAACAAAAUCUCACUAUCUUUUCAAUCUUCGUGACUUCUCUCGAGUGAUUCAAGGGAUUUGUUUGUCAAGACCUGAAACAUCAGAUUCUCCACUACUGAUUAAACGCAUGUGGGUCCAUGAGGUUCUCAGAGUUUAUUAUGAUCGCCUGGUGGAUAAUGCUGACCGGUCUUGGCUUGUUGGAUACAUUGAAGAGGUGGUGAAAAGUCACAUGCGGGAAGACUUCCAUCAGCUGUUUCAGCAUCUUGAUUUCAAUGAUGAUGGCAAAGUUGAGGAGGAUGAUUUGCGCAGCUUAAUGUUCUGUGACUUCCAUGACCCUAAAAGGGAAGACACAAAUUACAGAGAAAUAAGGGAUGUUGAUAAACUAUGUUCAGUUGUGGAGAGCCACCUUGAAGAAUUUAACAACAUUAGCAAGAAGCCAAUGAAUCUUGUGCUGUUCAGAUUUGCUAUUGAACACAUAUGCAGAAUAUCACGUAUUUUGAAGCAACCUAGGAGCCAUGCUCUUCUAGUUGGUGUUGGUGGAAGUGGACGUCAGUCAGUCACUAGAUUAGCUGUACAUAUGGCUGACCAGAGACUAUUCCAAGUUGAAAUUUCUAAGAGUUAUGGUAAUGCUGAGUGGCGUGAAGACCUGAAACAGAUUCUUAGGAGAUCUACCGAAGGAGAGAUGCAAGGUGUAUUUUUGUUCACUGACACCCAGAUCAAAAAGGAAUCUUUCUUAGAAGAUAUAAACAAUUUACUAAAUGCUGGAGAGGUGCCAAACCUUUUUGCACCUGAUGAAAAGCAAGAAAUCUGUGAACGGAUGCGACAAAUAGAUCGUCAAAGGGAUAAGUCAAAGCAAACUGAUGGAAGCCCUCUGGCUCUAUUUAACUUAUUCAUUGACCGGUGUCGUGACCAGCUGCAUGUGGUCCUGGCCAUGAGUCCAAUUGGCGAUGCAUUUCGUAACCGACUCCGCAAGUUUCCAGCCCUUGUUAAUUGUUGUACAAUUGACUGGUUUCAGACAUGGCCAGAAGAUGCCCUGCAAGCUGUUGCCACUCGCUUUCUUGAGGAUAUUGAAAUGUCAGAUGACAUUCGAAAUGGUUGCAUUGACAUGUGUAAAAGUUUCCAUACAUCUACGAUGGCUUUGUCUGAGAAAUUCCGCCAUGAACUUCAAAGAUACAACUAUGUGACCCCUACAUCAUAUCUGGAAUUGAUCUCCACAUUUAAAACUUUACUGGAGAAAAAGCGGUCAGAGGUUAUGUCAAUGAAGCGGAGAUAUGAAGUGGGUUUAGAGAAGCUGGAAUCUGCUUCAUCUCAGGUGUCCACUAUGCAGAGCGAAUUAGAGGCCCUUCAGCCUCAGCUAAAGGUGGCCAGCAGAGAAGUUGAUGAGAUGAUGGUAGUUAUUGAAAGAGAAUCCAUAGAGGUGGCCAAGACAGAGAAGAUUGUAAAAGCAGACGAAGCUGUGGCUAAUGAACAGGCUAUGGCAGCCAAAGCAAUCAAGGAUGAAUGUGACAGCGACCUGGCACAAGCUUUGCCAGUUCUGGAAUCUGCUCUUGCUGCUCUGGACACUCUUACUGGACAGGAUAUCACAGUGGUGAAGACCAUGAAUAAUCCCCCUGCUGGAGUUAAGCUUGUUAUGGAGGCAAUUUGCAUUUUGAAAGGAGUCAAACCAGACAAAAUUCCAGAUCCUUCUGGCUCAGGAAAAAAAAUUGAGGAUUUCUGGGGACCAGCAAGGAGAAUUUUGGGUGACAUAAAAUUUCUUCAGUCACUUCAUGAAUAUGACAAGGAUAACAUUCCACCUGCAUAUAUGAGCAUCAUAAGGAAGCAGUAUAUCACCAAUGCUGAAUUUGUUCCAGAUAAGAUCCGUAAUGCAUCGACUGCAGCCGAAGGACUCUGUAAAUGGGUGGUUGCCAUGGAUUCCUAUGACAAAGUGGCCAAGAUUGUUGCUCCAAAAAAAGUAAAGCUGAAGCAAGCUGAGAGUGAACUAAAAGUUGCAAUGGAUGGUCUGAGGAAGAAGCAAGCAGCUCUGAAGGAAGUUCAAGAUAAAUUGGCUAAACUGGAAGAAAAACUUGAAGAAAACAAGCAAAAGAAAGCAGACUUGGAAAACCAGGUUGAUUUGUGCAGCAAAAAACUUGAUCGUGCUGAGCAGCUGAUUGGAGGAUUAGGUGGUGAGAAAACAAGAUGGAGCCAAACAGCAAUAGAACUAGGAAAACUAUAUAUCAACCUUACUGGAGAUAUCCUUAUUUCUUCUGGGAUUGUGGCUUAUCAAGGUGCAUUUACUUCAAGCUUCCGGCAGAUGCAAACAAAAGAAUGGACUUCCCUAUGCAAAACUAAAAAUAUACACUGCUCAGAAGAUUUUUCUCUUGCAACCACUUUAGGAGAGCCUGUGAAAAUCCGAGCAUGGAACAUUGCCGGUUUACCCUCUGACAGCUUCUCUAUUGAUAAUGGAAUUAUUAUUUCGAACGCAAGACGGUGGCCCUUGAUGAUUGAUCCGCAGGGUCAAGCAAAUAAAUGGGUGAAGAAUAUGGAAAAAGCGAAUAGCCUUCAUAUAAUUAAGCUAAGUGAUCCUGACUUUGUGAGGACGCUAGAAAACUGCAUCCAGUUUGGUACCCCAGUGUUAUUGGAAAAUGUGGGUGAAGAACUGGAUCCUAUUCUUGAGCCUCUUCUACUAAAGCAGACAUUUAAACAAGGAGGGAGUAUAUGCAUUCGUCUGGGAGAUUCCACCAUUGAGUAUGCUCCAGACUUUCGGUUCUAUAUUACCACUAAGCUAAGAAAUCCUCACUAUUUACCAGAAACAUCUGUAAAGGUCACCUUGCUGAAUUUUAUGAUCACUCCUGAGGGAAUGCAGGAUCAACUGUUGGGAAUUGUUGUUGCUCGAGAAAGACCCGAUCUCGAAGAAGAAAAGCAAGCACUGAUUCUUCAAGGUGCAGAAAACAAAAGGCAGCUAAAAGAAAUUGAGGACAAGAUAUUAGAAGUACUAUCAUCUUCAGAAGGAAAUAUAUUGGAAGAUGAAACUGCCAUUAAAAUAUUGUCUUCCUCCAAGGCUCUGGCAAAUGAGAUUUCUGAGAAACAAGCUGUGGCUGAGGCAACAGAGAAGAAGAUUGAUGCCACCCGAAUGGGCUACCGCCCAAUCUCUGUUCAUUCUUCAAUUCUGUUUUUUUCCAUUGCUGAUUUAGCCAACAUUGAACCCAUGUACCAAUACUCUCUUACAUGGUUCAUUAAUCUUUUUAUUAUGUCAAUUGAUCACUCAGAAAAGUCUGAACAUUUAGAGAAAAGGCUCCAAAUAUUAAAGGAUCAUUUUACAUUUUCUCUCUAUACAAAUGUAUGCCGUUCACUGUUUGAAAAAGACAAGCUGCUCUUUUCCUUCUGUUUAACAGUAAACCUUUUGAAACACAAAAAACUGGUUGAUGAUGAUGAAUGGAAAUUCUUGUUGACUGGUGGAAUUGGACUAGACAAUCCACACUCCAAUCCAUGUACAUGGCUUCCUCAAAUAUCUUGGGAUGAAAUUUGCCGGUUAGACAGUUUGGCAAGAUUCAAAGGCAUCCGUAAGGAUUUUAUGAGACUUAAGGAUGGAUGGAAAUCAGUGUAUGAUAGCUUGGAACCACACCAUGAGGCUUUCCCUUCUGAAUGGCAAGAAAAAGUGGGUCAGUUUCAGCGAAUGCUCAUCAUCCGAUGCCUACGGCCUGACAAAAUUAUUCCAAUGGUUCAAGAAUUUGUUACUGAAAACUUGGGAAGACCAUUUAUUGAACCUCCUCCAUUUGAUCUUUCCAAAGCAUUUGGGGACAGCCACUGCUGCGCCCCACUAAUUUUUAUCUUGUCUCCUGGUGCUGAUCCGAUGGCAGCACUGUUAAAAUUUGCUGAUGACCAGGGUUUUGGGGGAUCAAAGUUGAGUUCACUGUCUCUUGGGCAAGGCCAAGGCCCCAUUGCCUUACGCAUGACUGAAAAGGCUAUCAAAGAAGGCAGCUGGGUGGUUCUUCAGAAUUGCCAUUUAGCUACAUCAUGGAUGCCAAUGCUGGAAAAAGUCUGUGAGGAGCUGAAUCCUGAGACAACACAUCCAGAUUUCCGCCUCUGGCUUACAAGUUACCCAUCGCCAAACUUCCCUGUGUCUGUACUACAGAACGGAGUGAAGAUGACUAAUGAGGCACCCAAAGGCUUGCGUUCCAAUAUAAUCCGCUCGUACCUGAUGGAUCCUAUCUCUGAUCCGGAUUUUUUCACUAGCUGCAAAAAGCUUCCGGAGUUCAAGAAGAUGUUAUUUGGUCUGUGCUUCUUUCAUGCUUUGGUUCAAGAACGGCGGAAGUUUGGCCCUCUAGGAUGGAAUAUUCCUUAUGAAUUCAAUGAGACGGAUAUGAGGAUCAGCGUGCAACAGCUUCACAUGUUUUUGAAUCAAUACGAUGACGUACCAUAUGAUGCCGUUCGAUAUAUGACUGGAGAGUGUAACUACGGUGGAAGAGUAACUGAUGACUGGGAUCGGCGGACGCUGCGUAGCAUUCUGAAUAAAUUCUACUGCGCAGAUAUCAUUACAAAUGCAGACUACAAAUUUGACUCUAGUGGCAUUUAUUAUGCACCAUCUGAUGGAGACUACGACCAUUACAUCGAGUAUACAAAGAGCCUUCCACUGAACCCUUCCCCUGAGAUUUUUGGUAUGAAUGCUAAUGCGGACAUCACUAAGGAUCAGUCAGAAACUCAGCAACUGUUUGACAAUAUCCUUCUGACUCAGUCACGGUCUUCGGGUGGUGGAGGAAAAACUUCAGAUGAAACCGUUUAUGAGGUGUCUGCAGAUAUUCUAAGCAAACUUCCUAUGAAUUUCGACAUUGAAGCUGCAAUGAGAAAAUACCCAACUACAUACACACAAAGCAUGAACACUGUCCUUGUUCAGGAAAUGGGACGAUUUAAUAAAUUGCUGUCUACCAUAAGAGAUUCGUGUGUCAAUAUACAGAAGGCGAUUAAGGGGUUGGUAGUUAUGUCAUCUGAACUGGAAGAGGUAGUGAUCAGCAUUCUGAAAGGCAAGAUUCCAGGAAUGUGGAUGAAGAAAUCCUACCCAAGUCUUAAACCGCUUGGCAGUUACGUUAAUGACUUUCUCGCCAGGCUGACAUUUUUACAGGACUGGUAUGAGAAUGGGACUCCUCCAGUCUUUUGGUUGUCUGGAUUCUUCUUCACACAAGCCUUCCUAACAGGAGCCCAACAGAACUAUGCACGGAAAUAUACUAUUCCGAUUGAUCUGCUGGGUUUUGACUUUGAAGUUCUAGAAGAUAAGGAGUACAAACAUGCACCAGAAGAUGGUGUUUAUAUCCGUGGAUUGUUCUUGGAUGGUGCGCGUUGGGACAGAAAAAUGAAAAAAUUAGCUGAAUCAUAUCCAAAGAUCCUUUAUGACACCGUACCGACGAUGUGGCUGAAGCCGUGUAAACGAACAGACAUCCCACAGAGACCGUGUUACCUGGCACCUGUUUAUAAAACCAGCGAAAGAAGAGGGACCUUGUCGACUACUGGACAUUCUACAAAUUUUGUCAUUGCGAUGACUCUUCUGUCGGACAAGCCACAGGAGCACUGGAUUGGACGAGGCGUUGCUUUAUUAUGCCAACUAAAUUCAUAAGUACUCUUGUAAGAGCACAACUGGACUUAAUCUUACCUUUACCUUAAGUUACAAAAGCGUAACCAAAUGCUACAUGAAACAUGUUUGAAAUGUUCAAUAACUAAUAAAUACAAGUGUCCGAUG